AUGUCAGUCAACUACGCACAGCCACACCAGGUGGAUGUUCCUGUUACCGAUAUGGACGAAGUUGAAGAUGAUUUAUUUGUCAAUCGUCAGGAUACCGCUCAUGAUGAGUUCUUGGAUGGGCUAGAUUAUGAACAUCAAGAGGAUGGUUUUGCCAACAAGAUAGCCAGCACGUUUUCCAAAUUUGGCUUGUUUACGAAGAACAAGAAUAAGUCCAACAACUACGAAAUGUUGGGAAGGUCAAGAAGUGACGAUAGCUACUAUGACGAUUUGGGGAGCGAAGCAGAUGCCAAUGACAACAAGGUGAUAGACUUCAGGGAUUACAAGAUAGAUCUUCUCAUGAGAAAAGUGAAGAAAUUGACUGCAGUUGGAAUAAUGCUUAUUAUCUCGAUGGUGGCAGGGUUGUUGUAUUUCACCAGAAAAGGAGGCUCCUUGCAAAGUCCCCUGAUUAAGACGCUCAUUUCGAAUUCCACCCACGAGUUCCACCCUACAACAAUCGUGAUUUCGUUGGACGGAUUCCACCCUCAUUACAUCAGUCCCCACAAUACCCCCACUCUCCACAAGAUGCUCUUGGAUGACUUUGGAGCUCCAUUCAUGACCCCUUCGUUUCCUUCAUCCACGUUUCCUAACCACUGGACGCUUGUAACUGGGUUGUACCCUUCAGAGCACGGAAUAGUCGGAAACACCUUCUACGAUCCCAAGUUGAAGAAACAAUUUAUCAACACAAAUCCAAAAGUAGGCGGGCUAGACCCCGAUUUUUGGAGUGCGGGCGAGCCUAUCUGGCAGACGGCAUCUAAGCAGGGUUUAAGAUCUGCAGUUCACAUGUGGCCAGGAAGUGAGGUUCCUGGAAUAGGCCCAAAAGAGGACUUCGAUAAAUAUAAUGGCUCUGAAUUGCUAUCGUCCAAGGUGGAUAGAGUCAUGUCAUGGAUCGAUCGUGAUGAUAUUACCCAGAGACCCGAGCUUAUACUAACUUAUGUACCUACCAUUGAUCAGGUUGGUCAUAAAAUUGGAAUUUUUGGUGAAGAAUUGGUUGAUGCCCUCAAGUAUGUGGACGAUUUCGUUUCUUUGAUGCAGAAAGAGAUCAAGGUAAGAAACUUGGAUGAAAUUGUUAACUUAAUUAUAGUGAGCGACCAUGGAAUGGCUCCUACUUCAAAUGACAGGUUAAUAUACUUGGAUGAUGUGAUUGAUUUGGAUAGAAUCGAGCACAUUGAUGGCUGGCCCUUAUUCGGAUUAAGACCGUUGGAUGCAAACACCAUUGAUGAAAUGUAUUAUGAGAUAAUAGCGAAAUUGAAUGAUCUUGGAAAUGGAAUCAACAAACAUUUCAAAGUGUAUAAAAGGGAAGAUUUGCCAAAGGAAUGGCAGUUUGGAGGCGAACUUAACGAACACAGGUUCAAUUAUAGAUUGGCUCCAUUAUGGAUAAUUCCUGAGGUGGGAUAUUCAAUUACUACAAAGAAGCAAAUGGAAGAAAGUGGCAACGAUUACAAGCCCAAAGGAGUUCAUGGAUACAAUAAUACCGAAUUGUUGAUGAGAGCAAUUUUUUUGGGCACUGGUCCUUAUUUCCAACAGAGGUUAUCCAAGGGUAAAAAAGUGUUACCCUUUGCUAAUACUGAGGUCUACAAUUUGAUAUGUGACACACUUGAUCUUACACCUGCUCCAAAUAAUGGAAGUGAUACAACCUACAAUGCGGCUGUAUCCAGUUCAAAGGAAUUGCCUCAUGAUUGGACAGAUUCCUUAGAAUACCCAAAUGUCCCAUUUGAGGUUGAGCACAUUAUCAAGGACGCAACAUACGAUUUGCUAUGGAAGAAAAAGAAAAAAAUUGAAGUCAGACCCUCCACCAUUUCCGUCAGCACCAACGACCACCCUCUUGAGUCGUUAGUUAGCAAGGAAUCAUCUUUGACUCACAAUUCUGUGCACAUCCCCAAACCUACAGACUUCACUGAUUCAAAGCAAUCACUAGAGGACGAGCAGCAGUCAGAUCUCGAUGAAGGAAAACAGGAUACGGAAAACGCGUUGGACAGUGUUCUUGGUAAUUUAGCUGAUUUGCUCGGAGUAGUAUCAGAUAAGAUCGGAAACUCUCGAUUGGCUAAAUAG